CUUUCCUUCUCUUCUCACAAGGGCACGUUACCUUCAUUUGCAAGGAAUAUUUCCAAUUCUCAUGCAAAGAUAAAGGAAAUUGCACAUGGGGAGGAAAGGAAGUUGGUUUUCUGCGGUGAAGAAACUUUUCAUUUCUGAUUCUAAAAAAGAUCAGAAACAUCUUCAUAAGUCGAAUUCGAAGUUAACAUGUUUUGGGCAUCCGCAGCAUCAUCAUCACCAUCAUCAUCAUCAUUAUGAGGAUGCUGAGUGGAAAUCUGGAGGAGUAUCACCAAUAACUGUUGUUCCGGUUCCAUCUCUUCCUCCAAAAGAAGAUGUUAAACCAAAGAAAACUGAUGCAGAGAAUGAACAGGACAAACAAGCCUUUUCAUUGAUUCUAGCCACAGCUGUUGCUACAGGCGCGGCCGUUGCUGCUGCUAAGACUGCUGCUCAGGCUGCUGCAGAGGCUGCUUUAGAGGCUGCUCGUAUCACAAGUCUUCGUCCUUGUUACAUUGGAAAAACUAAUGAAGAAAUAGCGGCUAUCAAAAUUCAAACUGCAUUCCGUGGAUAUUUGGCAAGGAGGACCUUGCGUGGAUUGAGAGGUUUGGCGAGGUUGAAAGCAUUGGUAAAAGGACAAUCUGUUCAGCGGCAAGCGGCUACUACUUUACAAUGCAUGCAAACUCUUUCGCGAUUGCAAUCUCAAGUUAGUGCGAGGAAAAUCAGAAUGUCUGAGGAGAAUCAAUCUUUUCAACGCCAAUUGCAGCAGAAACGUGAAAAGGAACUUGACAAGUUACAAGCUGCUCCUAUUGGAGAAAAAUGGGAUUAUAGUUCACAAUCAAAGGAGCAAAUCCAAGCAAGAUUGUUGAAUAGACAAAUUGCUGCUAUGAGAAGAGAAAAGGCUUUGGCUUAUGCAUCAACACAUCAGCAAACAUGGAGGAACUCUUCAAAAGCUACAGAUGCCACAAUUAUGGAUCCAAACAAUCCCCAUUGGGGAUGGAAUUGGCUUGACAGAUGGAUGGCUUCAAGGCCAUGGGAAGGACAAAACACUAAAGAUCAGAAGAAUCAUAGAUCAGGAAAAGGUGUUGCAAGCCAUACCAUGUCAGUUGGAGAAAUCUCCAAAUUAUAUGCUCUAAGAGAUCAAAAUCAAGAUGACAAAAAAUCUCCUACAAGCCAAAAAGCAAAUAAUCCAAACCAAGCUUCAAGGGUAGCAGUACCUUCAACAUCUACUAGAGGAAAAGCUAAGACAUCAUCAAGUCCAAGAGUUGGUUCUUGGGGUGGUGAUGGUGACUCAAAAUUCACAUUCAACAAAAAUUCCGAAAGUAAUCGUCGUCAUAGCAUUGCGGUGGCUCCGGUGAAAGAGGAUGAAAGUCUUGUAAACACACCUGCAAAAUUUUCAAAGGUUAAAUCUAACGUGCAAAGUCCUUCUGUAAAGAAGCAGCUUUCUUUCACAGCUUCUUCAUCUGGUUCUAGAAGGCACUCUAUUCCAACUAAGAUGGGAAUGAAUUCUAAUAAAAAUGUUGCUGCUACUAUCCCUGAAGUGAAAGUGAAAAAUGGAGGGAGCAAAUAGAUAUCAACAUUAAUUGGUGCAUAAUUAACUUCCAUAGAAUAGAAUAUUAUAUAUGGAUGAAGAAGAAUCAAUAAAAAGGUGGUAUCAUCUUAUAGUUGUCUAUAUAUAUAUAUCACUCAUUCUUCAUAAGGAAUAUUGUUGGUGCCAAGGGAAGGAAUGUAGAAAAAACAAUUGGUUAAUCAAGUGAUCAUUUUAUUCAUACA